CGGGGCCGUCCCCGCGCGCGCCGCCGAGGGGCAGGGCCCCCUGGCCCCCGCCCUUUCCCACGCGCCGGCCCUGUCGCCCCCGCGCGCGCACACUCGCGAGCCCAGGCGACAUGCAAAUGAGGUGGAAACUGGCCCAGAGAAGCAAAGUCACUUGUUCAUUAGCGGCAGAGCUGGAGUCUGCCCCAGGUGUAAGGGACUCCAUGAGGUCCCCUUGUCUCCUUGGGUCCAUGUCAUUUCACUCCCUGGACCGUUGGGGUCCUUGAGAUCUGGUUUGGGUCUUGGUCCUACUGCUUACUGGCAGAGAGGGCUUGGACAACUGACUUGGCUUUCCUGUGCCUCCGUUUCCCCCGUUGCAAAGUGGGGGUGAUGUGCCAUUAUUCAGAGGGUUGGUGUGAAGCUUAGCCACUCACCAGGAUAUCUCAAGGCACUGGUGUGCACUGAGCACUCUGUGUGUUAUCCUCUUGACAUGUCUGUGUGAAUAGGUGCAAGCAUUCGUCCUGUUUUGCAAAAGGCUUAACUGAGGCUCAGAGAGAUGAGCACUUUGCCCCAGAGCACACAGACUGAGCGGCAGACCUCGGCACUGAACUCAGAACUCUGACUUGGGAGCCCACACUUAACAGUGCUGGCACAUUUCUUCAUCCAUGACUCGGAGCCAAACAUCAGCUGCGACCAGUCCCUUUCUUCUUCUAGUCCUGAACUCCCACUCCUCUCACUCUGCCAAUCAGAAGCGGCACAAAACAUCUCUGGGCCUCCAUGGCUCACGUUUAGUGGGCUCUUUGCUUUGAGGAUUGAAAUACUGGCCCCUACCCUUAGUUGGACUCUAUUCUAUUCUCCCAUGAAGAUUUUUUUUUUCUUUUGGCUCAAGCUGACCCUGAACUUCUAGGACAAGAGUUAGGGAGGCUUAGGACACACCUGUGUGACCUCUGUACCAACCGGUACAGAACUGCCUUGCUGUUUUACCCACCAGUGUGGCUCUGAUUGUCCAGGUGAAUGUCCACCAUGCCCAGCCCGGCUCCAGUGCCCAGACCCAAGCCCCCCACUGCUCAAUGGACACCCCCAGCCCAGACCCGUUGCCUUCGCCUUUGCCGGGGGAGGAAGAGAAAUCUCUGGCUUUACCUCCUCCUGUUCCCCGGGGACGCCGAGGCCGGCGUCCUGGGGGGGCCACCUCCUCGAACCGGACACUCAAGGCCACCCUCCCUCGCAAGCGGGGCCGCCCCACCAAGUCAGGGCAGGAGCCCCCGCUGGCACAGGGGGUGACAGCCCCUGUGGGCGGCGGCAGUGGCAGCGACCUCCUGUUGAUUGAUGAUCAGGGUGUGCCCUAUACGGUCUCUGAGGGGUCAGCGGCAGGUUUGCCUGGGGGCUCUGGCCCUAAGAAGGCCCCACACUUCUGCCCUGUGUGCCUGCGGGCCUUCCCUUACCUCUCUGACCUGGAGCGCCACAGCAUCUCGCACUCAGAGCUGAAGCCGCAUGAGUGCAAGGAUUGCGGCAAGACCUUCAAGCGGUCCAGCCACCUGCGGCGGCACUGCAACAUCCAUGCCGGCCUCCGGCCCUUCCGCUGCCCACUCUGCCCUCGCCGCUUCCGUGAGGCAGGCGAGCUGGCCCACCACCACCGUGUCCACUCUGGGGAACGCCCUUACCAGUGCCCUGUCUGCCGGCUGCGCUUCACGGAGGCCAACACGCUCCGGCGCCAUGCCAAACGCAAGCACCCUGAAGCCAUGGGGGUGCCCCUGUGUUCCCCGGACGCAGGGCCUGAACCGCCGUGGGACGACGAGGGCAUUCCAGCAACGGCGGGGGCCGAGGAGGAGGUGGAGGAGCCGGAGGGGAAAGAGCUGGCUUGACCCACAGCCUGGGCCACCGCUGCCCGGGUCAGACGUAGAGCUGGGGUUUCAGCUGGUGCUGAGCCUGGGCAGGAAAGCUGGGACACCCUCAUACCUGGUGGUCUUCCCGUUGUGGGAGGGGGUCGAGGGUGAGGACCUAAACUCCUGGGUCCUACUGCCUUCUGCCACCCUCCCCGGGACUGACGGGCCCCUGGGGGCAGGGACCUCGGAAAUAAAUCUCUGCCUACUGGC